AUGAUAUCUUCUGCAUUAGUAUCAUCACUUACAAUAAUCUUAAAUCGUGCUGCUGCAUCAUCAUUAUUCUAUGUUCUACAUCCCGUUAUUCCAUUUAAAGGAUGUAUUGAUCCAUCGGAACCAUUUCAAUGUCCUCAAAGUCAACAAUGUAUUGCUCUCCAAUUUAUUUGUGAUGGUCAUCCAGGUGAUUGUCCUGAUAAUCUUGAUGAAAAUGAAGAAACAUGCAUUGCAGCUAAACGUCCAGCAAAGGAAAAUAUUGAAAAAUUUCUUCAUGCUGCAUAUACAUUUCUAUUUGGCGAAAAACUUUCGAGAAGUAUUGAUGAAAAUAAAAUAUAUUGGUUUGAUACAUUAGCAUCAGCAUUUUCUGUGUCGAAAAAUAUUCAUAGUUUUGCUGAAAAAACAUUUAUGUCAUCAGGUGAUCUAACACAUUUUCGAAAUAUUUUUCAAUUAAUUCAUGAUGGUCGAUUAGAAGAUAUUCCUUUGUUUGCAUAA